UGCGGCCCACCCAUUGCCUUCUCCGCCCUCUCCUGGGACCGCCUCGGCCGCUCCCCUGCCGGGCCCUGGAUCGCCGGCCUCCUUGCCCUCAUGGACCUCGCCCCGCUCCUUGCUGCUGCCUCUGGUGGUGAGACGAGGAAUGCUGCUGCUGCUGCUGCUGCUGCUGCUGGUGCUGGUGCUGGUGCUGCUGCUGCUGCCGGUGCCGGUGCUGGUGCUGGUGCUUGUGAUGUGCCCACAUGGUGCGAAUCGGAGAAGCUCCUGCAAUCAUGCUGGGGUGCGUCUGCUGCUGCUGCUGCUGCCUCCUCUCCUUCUGCUGUUCCCUCACACACCCCUUGCAUACUCCCCGAUACCCUCCUAUCCCCGCUGUCCGAAGCCUCGUCCGUGCUCAGCAGGGCGCGGAUUCGGAUUGCCUCUGCUGUUGACGCCGCCUCUCCUUCCGCUGUUCCCUCUCAACCCCCUUGCAUACUCCCUGACACCCUCCUAUCCCCCCUCACCGAGGCCUCGGCCGUGCUCGGCAGGGCACGAAUUCGAAUUGCCUCUGCUGUUGACGCCGCCUCUCCUUCCGCUGUUCCCUCUCAACCCCCUUGCAUACUCCCUGACACCCUCCUAUCCCCCCUCACCGAGGCCUCGGCCGUGCUCGGCAGGGCACGAAUUCGGAUUGCCUCUGCUGUUGACGCCGCCUCUCCUUCCGCUGUUCCCUCUCAACCCCCUUGCAUACUCCCUGACACCCUCCUACCCCCCCUCACCGAGGCCUCGUCCGUGCUCGGCAGGGCACGAAUUCGGAUUGCCUCUGCUGUUGACGCGUCCUUGCGAACAGCCCUUCAGCUGGAGCUGUUGCAGGGGGAGAGGGAGAGUAAGGAGAAGGUGGGAGAAGAGGGGAAGGGACAGGGGGACGGUGGGAGCAGCAGCUCCAGUGGUGGGCAGAGCAAGGGCCGGAAACGGAAGAAGAAGAAAGGGAAGGGGAAGGAUGGUGAUGCAGGGGAUUUGGAGGCUGCUAAGGAUAAGGGUACUGAAGAGGAAAAAGUGGAGGGUGGAGUGACAAAGGUAAACAGUGGCGAGCUGUCUCCGGUUGUCCACAUGGUGCAGAAGGGUAUAGAAGCUGUGAGUGCGCCGCUUACCUCUAAUGGUCUGUUUGUGUCACUGGAAUGUGGUGACGGUGACGGUGAUACUGCUACACAUGGCAGCGCCACUGCCUCAUCUCGUGGCUCUUCCUCCGCUGUCGAUCUCGACCUCUCGCUCUCAGCGUUCCCCCCUCUCCCCUUGCUGCAACUCCCAAAGACCAGCCAUGCAACGCUCACAGACCCCUCCCAGGCCCUCCCCUUCCUCUCGCCUCUCAUGCGCCGCUCCCGGGGUGAAACAUCACAGAGCAUUCCCGCCCUCCCCUCCUCUCCACCUCCCACACCCCCUUCCUGCAGUCCCACAUCUACCUCCCCUGCAUCGCCCUCCCCUCAGUCAUUCAGCUCAGGCUCUCUCCGACCUACCAGCAGGGGGCUAGAACCGGCUGCUAGGCAGGCACAGUUAAUUCCUUCACCAGGUGCCCCUCCUACUGGGAGAAACGAGACGGGGCAUGCGGGUGAAACCAGCAGUGAUUCAGAUGCUGGCAAGCAGUCGCAGUUCGUGCCUUCACCAGAUGCCCCUCCUUUCUUCCCAGAAGGAGAGUCUCCAGAGCCUGUCCCAGUGCAACCACAACCCCAUCCGCCACAGCUGCAGCAGCAGCAGCAGCAGCAGCAGCAGACCCUUCAGGAGCUUCCCUUUCAGCGCCAGUUCCCGCAAAUGCGCCUCCCCUUCUCCCCCCGACACGCCUCCCGCCUGGCGGUGGCCGUGGGUGUGGCACCGCCCCUCUGCCCUCCAUCUUACCCAGCUGCCUCCCCGCCCCCCCAGCCUGCCCUCUUCCCCUGCCUCCUCCCGCCCCGCCUCGUCUCUGCCCUCGUCCUCCUCCCCCACUUCUGCUGCUUACUAGGCCCUUGCCCCCCUCACUUACACCCCCUUGACCUACACUUCCCCCACUUCCACCCCUCUCACUUCCAACCCCUCCCGCCUGACCUGCAUCCGCUGCACCCCGUGCUCCCCUCCUCUAUCUCCACAUGGGCUGCAGAGCCUGCCUGGUCGCGCCCCUAUUACUACGACUGUCUCUCAAACACUGCCUUUGAGGCAGGCCCCGCAACUCAACCACACGGUCCACACCCUUUCUACUAUGAAUCUGCCUCAGACACUGUCUCGGUCGACGAGCCGUUUCAGGCGUUUCAUGCGCGCUACCCAGGUGUGCUGGGGCCUCCUAGGGAGCUCCAGUUGUUGGAGCUACCUCUCCCAUACUCCUCUCCUCCUCAUGCCACGCUCUCCCACCCGCUCUCUAGCUGGCAUUCCGCGCAUCCCCACUUUCCCCACCCGCCCCAUCUACCCCAUCUGCCCCAUCUACCCCAUCUGCUCCACGCGCUCCAUGCGCCUCACCUACCCCACCCACACGCGUCAGCAGCCAGCCAGAGCGCAGUGCAGGGUGGGACCCACAUGGCUGGGUCACCCCACAGCCCCAGUUGCGAACCAAGCCCUAACCAGGACCAGGACCAGCUACACGUGCACCAUCCCUCCUUGCCUAACCUCCCCUCUGCUCCCUCCCCUCUCGCCGCCUCCUCUCUUGCUGCACCCCCUCUUGCUGCCUCUCGCUCGCUCCACCACUGCCUGCCUGAGCCAGUGGUUGUGGCGCCGCCUGUGGUCCCCGAAGCCGUGGGCAGGGAUGGGGAGGAGCGGGGCAGUGAAGAGGGGCGGGUGAGAGGGGAGGAGGGAGGUCUUGUGAGGGGGGAGGAUGGGAGACGGGUGAGAGGGGAGGACACGGAUUGUGCGGUGGAGACUGAUGAAGGAGGAGGGGGCUUGGGGCUGGGACCAGCUGGAGAAGCAGGAACGGGAAUAGGGGCAAGCCGAAUGGGUGGUACGGGUAGGGGGGGAAUGGAGGGAGAGGGAGAUGGGAGUGGAGGGAGAGGGAGAGAGGGAGCGGCAGGUAGUAGUGCUAGUGCUAUGGGUGCAGGUCAUCACCAUCCUCCCCUGCGCAUCACUGGCCAAGCUCCUCCUGCUAGCAACGCACCUGCUAAUAACGAGGAUGACUCCGGUGAAACGGCAGUGCAAGCCCCUAGCACGCCCUUGUCAACACCCUCCAGGCGAUUCUCCUGCUGGGCUAGAAGCAAUAGAGCAAGCCAGGAUGGGACGGACUGUGAGGAUGGGGAUGGCCCGGAUGGGGACGGGGACGCAGAGGGGGGAGCAGGCGAGGGCACAGAGGAAGGGGAGUCCGAGGAUUGGUCCUUGGAGAAUUUCACAGAUGAUUCGUUGCUAGCAGGGGAGAACUAUCAAAUGUUAGAGGAGGAUUUUGCCGAGUUUGUGGGCGGUGCGGGCGACAGGGGGUAUUUCUCAGAGGACGAGAGCGUUCCGCUGGUAGCCCAGCGAAGAGGGGUGUUUUACCCUCGGAAUUACCGGUCGGGGAGGGGGAUGCACGGCAAAGAGGGCAUGCAUGGAGCCAUGGGGCCUGCGGGAAUGGGGUGGGGCGGCGGGGCUGGAAUAGGGGCGAUCCAAGGCCCGUCAGGGCACAGAAUUCCGGGAAUGGGGGCAGGUAUGCUUGGGGGAGGGGCGCCUGAGGGAGGUAUACUUGGGGGUAGAGGUCCUGGGGGCAGCAGCUGCGGGGCUGAAGGUACACGUGAAGAGACGCGAUUUUCUUAUGAUGAUAACGAUGUGGACUAUAGGAAUGUGUUUGGCGGAGGGGUGUUCUACUGGAACAUGGCGGAUUACCGCGGGGCCAGUGCGAGCGGCGGCGCCUCCCGCACGGGGUCUUCGUUAGGGUCGGAGGAUAGCUCGUGGUUGAGACGAGAGGCAGAUGUGAGGUUGAUAGUGGAUGAUAUAGUGCUGGGGUUUCCGAUCUCGGGGUCGAUUUCGGGGUCAAUUUCGGGGUCGUAUCCGCCUGGGAUGGGCCUGUCGACUGCUGCGUCGACUGAUCGGUCGAGUAUUCCGUCCCCCAGCUCCACUGCCUCUGGCCCGUUUGACAUGCGCCAUGCCCCGCUUUCCGCUGCAGCUGCUGUCCCGAUUUCCGCUGCUGGUGUUGCUGCUGUUUCUGCGGCCGGUGCAGUGGUUUCAGGAGUCGUUUCUCCUCGUUUUGAGCUGGGCGGCGGUGUGGGUGGAGCAGGGAGAGGGGCAGGAGGAGGGAGCCGGCUUUUGUCGUCGGGGAGUGGGGGACUUGUGCUGUGUGGGGCUGUCCCCUCUGCCACUGGCGUUGCCAACGCUGUCAGUGGAAGUUGUGUCGGUGGUGGCACCAGUGGCAACACGGGUGUGUUGUGUGGGCGUGCAGGGGCACAGCAGCAAGGCCGGCCACGGGGAAUGGGGUUGGCUCGGUCUGAGAGUGAUCCGGUUCGUGUUGCGGGGCAGAGAGGCAACGGGGCGGUUCUUGCAGCUGCCAUUCGGCCUACCGCCACACCUUCCGCCGAGCCUACUGCUCGUGCUGAUGCAGCUGCUUCGCUGGUGGAAGUGCAGGCAGCUGGUAGUGAUAUUGGGCAAGGAGGUUCAGGGGUUCCAGCCUUUCCUGCUGCAGCUGAAGAGGCAGGUUGUGAGGUGCUCAGAUACCAGCCGCCCCAGGAAGCACCUCCCCCGCCUCCACCCUCCCCUGUGGCGGGCGCGGGCAGAUCCCGAGGGUACUUCCGGGUGCGAUCCGGGAGCUCUAGCCCCCGGCAUUGGGGCCUGCUGCCUGGUAGUGCUCCGGGUGGCGUUGGCUUUGCUGCCGCUGCUGCAGCGGUGGCGGCAGCGAGAGAGGCGGUGAUGCUGAGAGAAAACGCUGCUGCUGCUACUGCGGCUGCUGGUGCUGCUUCUGCUGCUGCGGCGGCGGCAGCGGCGGCGGCGGUAGCGGCAGGGAUGGGGGGGCCGGUUGGGAUGCCUGUGAGUGGGCUUGGAGUGGGUCAAGGUGGGGGUGGCAGGGCGCUGUGGGGGUUACCCUCUCCUGCAGCUGCUGCCGCUGCUGCUGCUGCUGCUGCAGCAGCUGCAGCGAUGGGUGCUGGACCGGGGGUGAGCGAAGGGGGAGGAGGAGGUGGAGGAGGAGGAGGAGGCAAUGGAGAGGGGUUGAUGGGAGGCGUGAGGGCGAUGGGGAUGGGAGGGAGGGCAGUUCCUGAAGAAGUGAGAGCUCUGGUGCCGCCACUCGCUCUCGAUCCUGUCAAGCUGCCCACCAUCAUCCCGGUGGAUCGCUGCUGCCGGGGCGACCCCUCCUCGCAGCCAGCUCUAGCAGCGCUGCACAGUGCCCUGCACGAGGAGAUAGAGGCAUUCUGCCUGCAGGUGAUGGGGGAGAUGCGCGCCCGCAAGCCUUACCAGCUCGCCGCCAUCACCAAAGUCUCACGCACACUGCAGGUGCUGUGGCCGCGCUCCCGCGUGUCCAUCUUUGGAUCCAACGCCACGGGCCUCGCCCUGCCCUCCAGUGACGUUGACAUCCUCGUGCACCUGCCACCCGUCCGCAACCUGAUGCCCUUACCUGGUGAGAUGCCCUUACCUGGUGAGAUGCCCUUACCUGGUGAGAUGCCCUUACCUGGUGAGAUGCCCUUACCUGGUGAGAUGCCCUUACCUGGUGAGAUGCCCUUACCUGGUGAGAUGCCCUUACCUGGUGAGAUGCCCCUACCUGGUGAGAUGCCCCUACCUGGUGAGAUGCCCUUACCUGGUGAGAUGCCCUUACCUGGUGAGAUGCCCUUACCUGGUGAGAUGCCCUUACCUGGUGAGAUGCCCUUACCUGGUGAGAUGCCCUUACCUGGUGAGAUGCCCCUACCUGGUGAGAUGCCCCUACCUGGUGAGAUGCCCCUACCUGGUGAGAUGUCCCUACCAUCUCUCCCUCUCUUUUCCUGUGUGCUUUGUGCUGUGGUGUCGCCCUCACAUGCUCGCUCGCCCUGCCCUGCAGUCGCGUCAACAGCGUGUUUACUUACUUCCUCUUCCCCUGUCUCCCAUCCUCCAACACCCCUUUCAUCCACAUAUGAACAGGAGCCCAUAAAGGAGGCAGGCAUCUUGGAGGGGCGCAAUGGCAUCAAGGAGACGUGUCUGCAGCACGCAGCGCGCCACCUGGCGGACCAGGAUUGGGUGAAGAGCGAUUCGAUCAAGACUGUUGAGAACGCCAUGGUGCCGAUCAUCAUGCUCGUUGCCCGCCUCCCUGCCCACACAUCCCGCCUCUCUGCUGACGUGGCGCCUGCUGUACUUGCUGACGUGGCUCCUUCUGCAGCUGCUGCUGAUGUGGCUCCGGCUGUCCUUGCCGACGUCGGUCCUGCUGACUUGGCCGCUGCUGACGUGGCAAUUGCCGAUGUGGCACUUGCCGAUGUGGACCUUGAUGACGUGGCCAUUGCUGACGUGGCCGCUGCUGACGUGGCUCUUGCACACGCAGGAGGCGAGCACCUGGAUUCUUGUGUCAGUGAGGACAAGAUUGCAAGUGCUGCUGCCACGCCUCCAGCUGUUACUCGCAUGGCUGCUGUCACAGCUGCAGGGGGGGGUAACAGCAGAGUCCCGAGAAUCAAAGGUUUCAAGGAAGAUAUGGAAAACACAGGAGACACAGGAGAGAGCAGAGUUCCGGGGGUAGUCGUCCCUUUUGAGGCGCCUCAAAAACCAAUCCCUACCUUUGCUGCCAGCGGCAGCAGUCACAUCAGUCCAACCGAGGAAGCAGUUUCUGGGAAGGUGCUGGGGGCAGUAGGGCAGGAAGAGGGCACGAAGAUGGGGAAGGGAGAGACGAGAGGGGCAGGGGAGAUACCGGGCAAAGGAGAAGGGUGUUCGGAGAAGGCAGAUGGGGGUCGGAAGGCGGAUUGGGAGUUGGAGAAGGAGGAGGGGAGAGGAGGGGCAGCAGGGGGGGAUGUGCAGGUGCCUUUGAAGGCGUUUCAGAAGGCAGCAGCAGCAGGAGAGGUGCAGGUGCAGGUGCAGCAGGUGCAGGCGCCGUUUGAGACGGCUCGAAAGACAACAGCAGCAGUGGUGGGGGGGGAGGUGCAGGUGCAGGUGGUGAGGGGCGGGGCGAGGGGCCCGUGGGGCAACGUGGACGACCGGAGGAACGUGCGUCUGGACAUCAGCUUUGAGGGCGGCUCACACUCGGGCCUGCGCACUGCUGAGCUGGUGCGAGAGCUCACAGCGCAGUUCCCUACCACCCCACCACUAGCGCUGGUGUUCAAGCAGUUUCUCACAGACCGCAGCCUGAAGCCUCGCCUCGUACGUGCCCUUUUUAACCUCCCUCCUCUCUCCUUCUGUGUGCCCCCUGCAGGUGCGAGAGCUCACGGCGCAGCUCCCAGCCAUCCCACCGUUGGCGCUGGUGCUGAAGCAGUUUCUCACAGACCGCAGCCUAACAUCCCAACCCCUACUUGCCCUGUCUUUCCUCCCCUCCCCUCCCUUCCCGUGUGCUUUUUUCAGGUGCGUGAGCUCACGGCGCAGUUCCCAGCCAUCCCGCCGCUGGCGCUGGUGCUGAAGCAAUUCCUCACAGAUCGCAGCCUUGACCACCCCUACACUGGCGGCCUCUCCUCCUACUGCCUCUUACUGCUGAUAACUCGUUUCCUGCAGAUCCAGCCGCACAUCGGCCGCCCCCCUCAGUGGCAGAAUCUGGGCAGCCUGCUGCUUGACUUCCUGCACUUCUAUGGCUGUGUGUUUGACUUUCGUCUUUCCUCUCUCAACCCCCACACCUUCCCCUCUUCCCCCUUCUCUUCCUCCCUCCCCCAAAAUCCUCCUCCCCCACCUCUCUCCCACCCAACAGUUGUGUGUUUGACCCGCGUCGCAUGGCUGCCAGCAUCAGGCUGGGAGGGGCCUUUCUCGAGCGUGACCGCUCUCAGAGACAUUGAGGUGGCCUUUGACUCAACUCAGAAGUCAACUCAAAAGGCUCCUCUGCCUGCCCCUCAUUGCCCCCUCUCCCCACCCUAUCUGGCCUUCGCCGACGCACGCGGCAUGCUGGAGAGGCAGCUGACAGACAUUACCUCUGCCAUACAACUCACCUCUGCCACCUCGUCUCAUUUAUCCCCGCCUCCUCCCCCCUCCUCCUCUUCCCCCCCCCCAUCAGGCCUUCGCCGACGCAUACGACAUGCUCGAGAGGCAGCUGCCAGACAUGACCUCCGCCAACUUCCCCCACCUUCAACUUGUGCACGUUUUCAUUCUCUUGUGGAUUCUAUGCACCCCUUUCCUUGCUCCCUGCUCCUGCCUCUCCCCCCCCCACGGGCCCCACCCCAUCAGGCCUUUGCCGAUGCAUACGACAUGCUGGAGAGGCAGCUGCCAGACAUGACCUCUGCCAUCCCCCCCCCUUUCAACUUGUGCACGUUUUCAUUCUCUUGUGGAUUCUAUGCACCCCUUUCCUUGCUCCCUGCUCCUGCCUCUUCCCCCCCCCCCCGCCCACGGGCCCCACCCCAUCAGGCCUUUGCUGACGCAUACGACAUGCUGGAGAGGCAGCUGCCGGACAUGACCUCCGCCAUCGCACAUGGCAGCCCGCCAUGUGGCACGCAGCUGUUGGCCAAGAUCCUGCCCAGCAUUGCUCCGCCUGUGACCAAUCUGCAUCAUUCUGCCUGCCUGGCAUCAUCACCAGUCACCUGCAUCACCCAGAAGUACCAGGUUCAUUCCAAGUUGUGA